UUCUAUCUGUAGUCACUGUUGCUGUUCAAAUCAAACGGGCACUUUGUUAAACAACGAACGACGGAGUGAUUUUUCAAACAUCAACGUUAAUUUUAUAAUUACAUUUCACAUAAGUAUCAAGUAAUUUAUAAACAAUUUUUUUUAUCAAACCAUUAAUGAAAUGGCUGGUAUAUUCAACUUAUUUGGUGAAUCAAACCUUAACAAAGGUAAUGUUAUGACACCUUUGUCAAGAUCUAAGACAACCAUUGGAAUAAGUGGAGCUUCUGUUAAAAAUGCUGGUCCAUUGAAACCAAAAGGAUUGUCUAUUAGAUCUAACUCUAAUUUAAAUCUAUCAGCUUCAAAUAAAGAUAUAUGUAAUAAACCACAAGAAUAUUUGAAACCAAAGCUCACUCAACUAAAUAUUGAAGGUCACCCAAUAUCACCUGGAAAAGAUUGUGUAUCAAAGAAAACAAAUGAAUGUCCCAUAAAUUUAUCCCCCCAAAAAGUAUCUGAUAAAAAGAAUGUGCAACUACAAAAACCUUCUAAUGAAAUUAUCUUUAAACAACCAUCAUUACCAAAAAUGUAUGCAAAAAAAAGAUAUCCUGAACCUGAAAGCUUAGCACCAUAUUGUGAUAUGCAAUUUGAGUUUGAUGAUAUUUAUACAAAAACCAUAGAGAAUGAAUUUAAAGAAUUGCUUAUGAAGAAGAAGAAUGAGAUAGUACCAUAUGAGGAUGAGGGAUUUCAAUCAGAACCAGAACAGUUGGAAUAUAAAAUGCCAAUAUUAUGCACAUCUCCUUUUUCACUAGAUGAAGAAUGGAGAAGAUGCAAAAGCCCUGACUUACCAGAGCCUUAUUUUUCAGAUAUGGAUGAAUAACUUUUAAUAUGCAUAUUAUUAUUUUAAUAAGUAUUAUUUUUUAAUUUAUUUAAUUAUAAUUUCUGAAUAAUAUAAUUAAAAACUAUUAUAUUUUAUUAAAUACCAAUGUUUAUUUU